AUGACGAUCAUGUUGCAUGACGUCGGGGCCAUUCUUGGGAUUCGCGCAGAGGGUAAACGCCUUUCUGGUGUAACUGAUGCGGAUCAGACCUGGAUAUACGAGUAUUUUCCUGCAUUUCGACCACACCGUGACUCAGUUCCAAUUGUUGAUGGGAUGCCCCGUGCCUGUGCGUGGAGUCUGCGGUUGGAGAAGAAAUCUGUUGACUGCCUCCGAUCAAUACGGUUAUCGCUUGACAGGAUGUCCCCCUUAGAGGUGAACUGGAUGCCUUUUGGCCAGAACCCUAGUAAUAGGAUACCCAGGACCCUCUACACGGGACUCAUACAGUAUCGUGAGAUCAUGGAGGUGUACAUGCCCCAGCGUUUUCUUCGCCAGCUUGGGUUCGUCCAAGUUGUCCCUCCUCCACCGGCAUGGCCGAGUAAGACGGUCCGAUCUGCGUCGUCGAAGGAGUACGUCGUCCAAUGGCCGGAUAGCAUGAUUGCCACGUGGGAGCAGUUCCCGAUGGUUGCCCGCUUAUGGACUGCGGAGCUGCAGAGGCCGCCUACUAGGGUGCCUCCCAUGUGUGACCAGCACUACAUGGAAUGGUACAACCGGUAUUCGCACCCGAGGUUGAUUAGAGACCUCGACCAUGGCGAUGACGCCGAUGAUCAUGAUCCACCGCCAACUGCCGUAGAUGCGAUAUGUCUGAACAAAAAUUUAUUUUUGCGUUUUUUUAAAGUUUUAUAUAUCGUUAUUCAAUUUCAUGUUUUUUUUUUUUUUUUUUUUUUGUGUAGUGGAUGGGAAAGGUAAUGCAAGGCGUACAAAAACUCUCCCUGGAGAAUGACAACAUGAGUGCAGCAGCGAGAGCUGCUGUUGAAGAGUUGGAACAGACCCUUGCGCAUUGGGAAUCGGCGGCAAAGAGGGAUUACUGAUGUUAUUGGCAUUUUGUUUGUUGAAUAUAUUUUACAUUAUCAAAUUAGUUGUGAAAUACGACAUUAUCUUUGUAGUUUGCAGAAUUUAGUACAAUCGUUUUAGUUUUUAACAUUUACAAUUAUCGUUUUAGUUUCUAACAUUUGCAAUUAUCGUUUUAGUUUUUAACAUUUGAAAUUAUCGGUUUAGUCAUGAUCAUUUGAAAUUAUCAUUUUAGUUUCUAACAAAUGAAAUUAUCGUUUUAGGUUCUAACAUUUGAAAUUAUCGUAUUAGGU